ACCAUUGAAAGUGAACAGCGGAAGUGAGUUUCCUGGCCAGAUUAUCAAUCAACAUCAACCUGUACGGGGCUUCUUCCGCCUCGACACUUAAACUCAUAUGGCACAGCUUAAACGUAAUGCCCACCAAACCCGUCGCUUGCUCUCACGGUCCAAGGUUCCUUGACUGUAACAUGAUUCAACUAUUAGAUUAGUAAUUGCCGCUUAGUCGAGGCAAUGAUGACAACCUGUACAACAAUUACAUUCACAGUUACGGCAAGCCGGGAAACCAUUGAAAUGUUGGAUUUCGCGGGUGUAGAACGAGAGGGACUUGUAAAGGGGUGUGAAUCAUCAUGGGGGUCAACAAUCUUCUGCAUAGCUUCCAAGGCCCAGAGGCCCUUAAGCCGGCCCUAAACGUGAUCAACGCACAAGGCAUCAAGGAGAUUGACACGGCGCAAAUGUACGGCACCAACGAAACCGACCUGGGCGAAGCCGGCGCUGCGGCUAUGGGCUUCGCCGUCUCAACCAAGAAUUACGGUGGCUGGAAGAAGGGGGUCGCACUAACGCGCGACGACAUGCUCAAGACGACCAAGGAAAGCCUACAGAAGCUCAGAGUGGACCAAGUCGACAUCUUCCACAUCCACGGCCCAGACCGCAGUUUGCAGUACGACGAGUGCGUGUCCACUGUCCACGAGCUGUUUGAGAAAGGUGUUUUCAAGCGGUUUGGCGUGUCCAACUUCUCGCCCGACGAGGUGAGGGAGCUGCACGACUACUGCACCAGUAAGGGAUACGUCCUACCCACCGUCUACCAAGGUAACUAUAACGCUGUGUCGCGCAACAUCGAUACGACGCUAUUUCCCUUGCUGCGGGAACGGGGCAUUGCGUUCUAUGCCUACUCACCGAUCGCCGGCGACUUCUUGAUCAAGUCACGCAAGGCGCUUGAAGAGGGUACGGAAGCUGGGCGAUUUGCUGCUGGUACGAGUGACAGCUUGAAAGAGAUGUACCGCGGCUUAUACGUGAAGCCGUCCAUGUUAGCUGCUCUGGACAAGUGGGAGGCGCUUGCCAAGGAUGAGGGGGUGUCGAAGGCUGAGCUAGCCUACCGGUGGGUGUACUGUCACUCCUCGUUGAAGCCAGAACAAGGAGAUGACAUCCUGGGUGCUAGUAAGAUUGAACAGAUCGUGUCGUCCGUGGGGGGUUGAAAAGGGGUCUGCUGAAGCCUGAGACUGUCCAGGGCAUCGAUGAGAUCUGGAGCUCGAUAAAGCAUGACGCUAUCGUGGACACCUUCGAUGAAACCAUGGCUUGAAGGAUUUUAGGAGUGUGUUAUAUAUUGCAAAGUCGUUAGAUUUUGGUAUCAAGAUACGUUAUCCUGCGAGGCUGAAUAUAGG